UACGUAAUUGCAAAUAAAGUUUGGAGGUAAGUUUGAUUAUUUAAAACUUUCAGUCUAAACCCGAAUAGUAUAACGGGUCGGGCCUUUUCAGAUCCAUUACGCUAAACCCUUAAUUUUGCUGCUUGCAAAACUAAAACCCUAGUUUCUCCGCUCUCUUCUCCAAACAAAGUAACUCACUCUUCGCAGGAUUGAACAUUAUGGCGGAAGAAUUGCAAUCAGUUUCCGAAGCUGGAAAAAUGUUUAGGAAAAGAAAGAUGGAGCACAAUAAGAAAGGGGGUAAGGGAAAGAAGAAGUUCAAGGGUGCGCCAUUUAGUGAAAAAAAGGUAAAAAUAGACAACAAAAUGAAGAAGCUUUUCGAAAAGAGAGCAAGAGACUAUAACUCUGAUAAUGAGGACGAUGAUGAUAAUGACGCGAAGCCUGCCCUUGUAAGUAGAGCUAAAUCCACAUCAUAUGGUAAAGAGAAGCCCAAAUCAUAUGGUAAAGAGAAACCCACAUCCUAUGGUACAGAGAAACGCACAUCAUAUGGUAGAGAGAAACCCACAUCAUAUCGUAAAGAGGACGAUGAUUUUGAAGAGGAAUGGGUGGAUGAUGAAGGAGAGGAUGGAAAUGAGGAACUUGAGGUAUCCGAAGAUGAAGAUGGGGAAAUUCAGCCUGGAAUUACUAAGUUCAUAGAUGGUUGUAAAGCAUUCAGACUGGCUUUCAAGAAGUUACUAAAGAAGUCUAAUUCUGAUGAUAUACUGGGCCCCGUCUUAUCAGCACACAAGAAGCUUGUUGCAGAGAAGCUUGCUGAAGAAGAUGUAGAACGAAAAGUUAAGGGGGAGGCAAAAAAGGAGAAACAUUUGAUAAGAGAAAAGGGACAUGUGAAACCUAAAAAUUUCUUGGACGCCCAUGAAAAGUCUCUAAUAGGAGUUGCAACAAAGGGAGUUGUCAAGUUAUUCAAUGCUGUUAACAAAGCACAACAUGCUCAAAAAGGCUUAAAUCCCUCAAGGGCAAAAGAUGAGAAAGCAAUAAAGAAGCGACAAAGAGAAGUCUUUUUCUCUGAAUUGGGCAAGACGCCAUCACAGACAGCUGCGUCAAAGGCUGGUGCAUCCACUUCUUCGAAAGAUGAAGGUCCCUCGUGGGCUCCUCUACGUGAUAAUUACAUGCUGACUAAUCCCAAGUUAAAGGACUGGGAUAAGAAUCCGGACACAGCUGUCGCAGACGACAUGAGGAUGUCAGCUGAUUCAGAUUCAUCUGAUGAUGAAUAAGUUCACUGAGUGUUUGAUGUUCAAUCUAUCUGCUUCAAGCAUAUUGGGACGCCGAACACAUAUCUUCAGUGCAGGGAAGUGGAUGCCUAGGCAUAAUCAAAUUAAUGCUGGAGCAACUUUCUGACUGUACAGAGAUCCUCCUGUUGUUAGCUGAUGCUGUUUUAUUACAGAGAAAGCUGUAUGAACUGGCUUCUGCAAUCCUCUUUAAGAUAUGAGUUUUGAGAUAUUAUUUUUAUCCAUUCUUCUAGUGGUGAUACUGGUGUUUGAAGUAUCCCAGUAUUACACAAGGUUGAUUUAGCAGUGUGUAAUAACUUCGCGCACCUUGUGUUGUCAAGAUAAUUUUACCGAAGAUAAUUUAGCUUUAGAAAGUCGGUUUAAUCU